AUGAAACAUUUAACACAAAAACUGAAUCGUAUGGAUAUUUCUUUGAUAACGAAUUCACAGGCUCUGAAUGGAUUCAUAUUUAUUAUGUCAUGUGAUGGUGAAGUAUUCUCUGUAUCAAGGACUGUUGAACAUUACUUAGGUUUUCACCAAGCUGAUAUUCUGCACCAAAGUGUUUUAGAACUCAUCCAUUCAGAAGAUAGAGAGGAAUUCCGUAAGCAACUAUCUUGGCGAUCGAUGCUCCCAACAGAGUUGCAGUCAUCCACACUACAUGACCUAAUGAAUCCAGAAAAUGCUCAUUUUUUGAAACGCCAAUUUACAGUACGAUUUCGAUGCCUUUUAGACAUACAUCUGGAUUCAUUAGUCACAUUUUUCAUAUUUCAGACACUUGAACUUAGUGGUAGAUUGCAAUUUUUGCAUGGUCAGGCUAGAAGUAUGCAACUGGCAGUCAAUUCUGGACAUAUCAAUGCGAGCAACAAUGCAAAUUUGAUGACUAAGUAUAACACUUCAUGUUCUUACUCUAGUGGAUCGACUUCUAAUCAACACAAUCUACCUCCACUUGGACUUUUUGCAGUCUGUAGUCCACUUGGACCAUUACCGAGCUUAAAUGGUCCACAACGUGAUGCAACUUUUAAAACGAAGCAUCAGCUGGAUUUAACUGUUAUUACAAUUGACGCACGGAAUGAAGAAGGCAUGGAGUUAUUGAUUAGGCGAACAGAUGAAUACAAAUUACCCUUUCCGCUACUUGAACCAGAGACUUUGCUGAACGGUGAAGAACUUCCAGUAAGCAAUACUAACUCCCAAAUGGAUAUAAAUUUAACAUUUCCAGUAUGUCAGACAAAACAAUUUGAUCACCACCUUAACGGAAGUAAUGACAAAAAGCUGUAUGGACUAAACAUUAAGGUUGACAGAAAAAUGAACCUAGGAUCAAAGUAUGCGACAGAGAAACUAUCUAAUUUUGAUGUAUGUGGUGACAGUAUCGCACUUAAUCUUAAGCGAGCUAACAGCAGGCAUAUGACAGAUACGAUGACAAACUGUGCACAAAUGGAAAGACAUCCUAAUAGACCACCUUUAGAAAGUUACGGUAACAAUCUUCAUUUAUCUGGAGUCAACUCUAACUUAUUAGAACACUGUCUCAACAAACCAUGUCGACAGCCCAAGGUUAUUCAGACCAUGAUUCGGCGAAGGAAAAGAACUGUAAAAGAAACAAAUCCAGGUGAAGUGAACAAAUGCAGACUUAAUCACCGUGGUUCUUGUACGACUGCAUGUCUAUACAUGUCAUCUGAACUGACGAUUAAUCAAAAUGAUUACGGUACAGGCGUCCACCCAUCAGCAUAUUUACCACUAGGUCUUAACCAAGCAAUAACAAGAAACGGUGAGUCACUUUGUGGAAAUCCUUAUCUAUGCUGGCCAGCAAACACUAAUACCACUGCAGCAUCAGAAACUCUCAGUCCGAGUCGAUUAGACAAUUUCGAACAAUUUUCUCAAUGUGAUUCAGGCAAAGUUGGCUUGUUUAUGAUCAAUUCACAAAAUUCAAACCAAGAUUUACAUGAAUUUAGUAUGCAAGAUCAUUACCCAGCUAGAAACUACCCAAUAGCGUAUGAUGCCUACUCAGCAGCGGUAGCUGCAGCUGCAGUUGUUGCAGCUGCCACAAACAGCUGUAAUCAGAAGCAACAAAAUCAAACUCAUCACCGUUUAUCAUUAGGUCAUCAAUACCAGUCGGAAAACACACAGGAUGAUCAGAUAAAACAUUUUAAACGACAUGACUUACAUCCUUCACACAUCUCAUUAAUUGCAAGUGAACCACAGGGACAACAUCUGCAACAAGUGGUAAACAACACAAAUCUGUUCGACUCACAUCAAAGACGACAGUCUUUGAUGGGAUACAACUCACCAUUAAGAAAUGAAGGGACAGUUAUUUCUUCCAACCUUCAGUCUACAUUUAAUAAUUGUGCAGAUUACAUUUUAUCUAAUAAUUACUUUUCACAGGAACAGGCAUUUACUAACCAGGAUACAGGAAGAAGAGAUAUAGAGUCUGGUAACUCAUAUAUAAAAGAAUUUUUGAAACCUGGACUUUCAAAUCCUCCUCAUCCACAUAUGAAUGUCGAUGAAAUUAAAAGAGAUAUUCUCAGUGUUAAUAAUCAUCAUAACAGCAGCACUUUAAGUCAACCAUUUUCGAAUUACACAAGUAUUAAUCAAACCCAUCUAUUUUCAGAAGAUUUUCGUGGUGAAUCAAUAGAUGAGCAAAAAGAUUCGUCAUCUAACAUGUAUUUACAACAUAAUGUUGAACAAAAAUUGAUUUAUGGCAAUCCAGUUGUAGACAAAGAGUCAUCAUCAGCAUACUCAUCAUAUUCAUCUCCACCUAACUUAACAAGUCCUCAUAAUAAUGAUAUAAACAUAGAGACAGACUCUGGAGUCAGUCAAAAGAUACAUUUACAAACACAGGUUUCAAAAAUGAUAGGGAUAAAUCGCCAGUUUGAUGACCCAGUCAGUAAUCCACUAGGCACCUCAGAGUGUGAUCAGUUUUAUGAAUCUUCAAGUAACUGGACUUCAAAUCCUCUACAUGCCAAUUAUAAACGAACCCAAGAUUUUCUUUCUGACCAGCGAAUAGCAGAAGGAGAUUGUGGUAAUUUUCUCAAAGCAUCUAGAGUUGCAUCUACAUCACUAUCCAUGGAUUCCUCGAAUUCCAGUAGAUCGCCUACACCACGUGAGACGUGCAUCAGUCGUCAGGAUAAUGUAUUGGUUAAAUCAGGGACAGAACAUGAAGUGCUAUAUCAUCGCAGCAAUAACAGAUCUGAACCAUGGUCUUGUAGGGUGCAGCCAAAUGAAAAUGUUAAGGUUAAUAUCCAAUCAUAUUCCGUGAAAGACUUCAAUGACCACAAAAAGGAUUUGCUAAAUUCCCACUUGGAAGAAAAUAAAUGUUCACAGUAUGAUUCCAUAACAAUAUGGGAUGAGAACCGUUAUGACAGCCUGAAAUCAACUGCAAUUCCUGUGCCUGUGGUUUGCAGCGACCCGUUAAGUAGCAUUUCUGAUGAGUCUUCACAUACAUUAUGCAGUCAACACACAGAUAAGUCUUAA